GGGAAGCUGAGCUGCUUGCUGCUGCUGAGCUGCUGCUGCUGCAGCAGUGGCUCUCACUUGGUUCUAUAAUUAGAAGCCGUGACGUCAGAGUGGGCGCGUCAGUGCAGCAUCGUCUCAGCGCAUGGACCGAAACACGCGACACCAGAGCUGAUCGAGGAGGGCGUCUCACCUCAUCAUCAUCAUCAUCAUCAUCAUCAUCAUGGCGAGCCUCCUUCUCCGCCUCUGCCUCCUCCUCAUCCUGCCCCGGUCGGGGCUCGCCCUGCUCGGCUUCCGUCCGGAGGAAACCGGCCCGGAGCUCUCCGUGCAGGACGGGGUACUGAAAGCCACCGAGGGGACGCGCUUCACGCUUCGGGUCUAUUACUCCAGACCCCCGCAGCACAAGCUCAACCGGACGCGGGCCACCAGCGCGGCCCCGUGGAUCGCCUUCAUCGAGGAGCCCGGAACCGAGGUGCCCCCCCCGCCGCCGCGCCCGGGUCCCCGUCCCCAUGCGCGCAACAUGUGCGCGGACAAGAGCGCGCGCACGUCCGACAUCGAGGUGCUGGGCUCGUUCAAGUCGACCUCCAGCCGCAACUCGGUCCUCGUCGAGCUGCUGGCCAAGGAGCUCCGGGACGGGGAGAGCAUCAAGUUCUACUCGAUGUGCGCCUUUGACGGGUCCAAGUGGGAGCACCACCGCACUCGGGACUUCUGGGUGGCAGUCGCCGAGCGCUCGGGGGAGGCGCCCGAGCUUUGGAUCCAGGUUUUGGUGUCGGUGCUUCUGCUGGCUCUGUCGGCGCUCUUCGGCGGCCUCAACCUCAGUCUACUUGCGCUGGACCCGGUGGAGCUGCAAGUUCUGCAGAACAGCGGCACCGACCGGGAACAGCGCUACGCCCGCAAGAUCGAGUCGGUGCGCCGUCACGGCAACUACGUGCUGUGCACGCUGCUGCUGGGCACGGCGCUGAUCAACGCCUCGCUGGCGGUGUGGACGUGCCGCAUCCUGGGCAUGACCUGGCUGUCGACGGCCACGUGCGCGCUGGGCAUCUUCCUGGUGGGCGAGAUCCUGCCGCACUCGGCGGCCUCGCGCCACGGCCUGGCCAUGGCGGCGCGCAGCAUCUGGCUGACGCGCCUGCUCAUGCUGCUCUCCUUCCCCGUGUCCUACCCGCUCAGCAAGCUACUGGAUCUCAUCCUGCACCAGGAGAUCUCCAACUUCUACACCAGGGAGAAGCUGCUGGAGAUGCUGCGCGUCACCGACCCCUACCACGACCUGCUCAAGGAGGAGCUGAACAUCAUCCAGGGGGCGCUGGAGCUGCGCAGCAAGACAGUGGAGGAGGUGCUGACCCCGCUGGGCGACUGCUUCAUGCUGGCCGCCGACACCCUGCUGGACUUCAACACCGUGACGGAGAUCAUGCGCAGCGGCUACACGCGCAUCCCCGUCUACCGCGAGGCGCGCGCCGACAUCGUGGACGUGCUCUUCGUCAAGGACCUGGCCUUCGUCGACCCCGACGACUGCACGCCGCUGCAGACCGUCACGCGCUUCUACCGCCGCCCGCUCCACUACGUCUUCAGCGACACCACGCUGGACGCCAUGCUGGAGGACUUCAAGAAAGGCAAAUCUCACAUGGCCAUCGUUCAGCGCGUGAACAACGAGGGCGAGGGCGACCCGUUCUACGAGGUCAUGGGCAUCGUCACGCUGGAGGACGUCAUCGAGGAGAUCAUCAAGUCGGAAAUUCUGGACGAGACCGACCUCUACACCGACAAUCGCAGCAAGCGUCGCGUUUCUCGCCACGAGAGGAAGCCGCAGGACUUCUCCAGCUUCAAAAUGGCCGACCACGAGCUGAAAGUCAACAUUUCCCCACAGCUCCUCCUGGCCACGCACCGCUUUCUGUCCACAGAGGUGGAUCCCUUCAAACCGCUUUACAUCUCUGAGAAGAUCUUGCUGAGGCUCAUCAAGCAUCCCAGCGUUGUCCAGGACCUCGAGUUAGACGACAAAGACAAACAGUCGCCCAAGAACUUCCUGUUCCAAAGAAACAAAGCGGCAGACUACUUUGUCCUGGUGCUGCAGGGUCGAGUGGAGGUGGAGUUUGGCAACGAGCGUCUCAAAUUUGAAAAUGGAGCCUUCUCGUAUUUUGGGGUUCCUGCCAUCGUGCCAGCGGACUCGAGGUCGCCGUGUCGCUCCGAGUCCGAGGGCCGGUCCAUGGGCCAGCUCAACGGGGGGGCCAACGUCUACGUGCCCGACUACUCUGUGAGACAGCUAACGCCCCUGCAGAUCGUCAAGAUCACCAGGAGCCGCUACCGCGAUGCGCUCGGCGCCUCCAAGAUGGACACCUCGCCGCAGACGCCCGAACCCCUCACGGCCGAGCCAGAGAUGGGGGCGGCGGCCGCGGCGGCGGCGGGCACCGCGCUGAUGCCGCCGCUCCGGGAGCCGGGUCGACACCCGGCCGCCGGUACGGGAGGACGCCAAGCCAAGUGUGGCCUCCAAGCCAAGUGUGGCCUCCAAGCCAAGUGUGGCCUCCCUCACAGCACCACUGUGCUCAAGCGCAGAAACGGCAUCGUCAGGAGCAAGUCCGACGGCCAAACGAGUCCCGGCGAUUCGGUCUUCCUGCGGAUGGACGAGAUCCCUUACGUCCGAGAUGCCGAUGUGGCCAGCAUUCCCACGGUAACAGACAAGUCUCCUUUCAUCAGCGGCGGUCAGUCGGUCAGCGCCUCCGAGGACACGCUGGGAAACAAACUCCGACUUAAACUCGGCCACAGGAAGAGACAAAAGUCACGAGAAGACGAUAAAACAGACGAGCCAGAAGACAAUUUGAUAACGAAACACCGUGAAACAGAACAGGAGGAGAGUUCUGAGGGCUAGCUUAGCAACUGGCUGACCGAGACGAUUUGGUUUCAUCUAACGAGCUCCUCCCUCCAGGGGGCGCUGCUGCAAUGGAAUCGAUCUGUUUUUCUGCGCUACCAAAGAUGUCGCCACAGCGCAGAAAGUCAACUUUGACUCUUGCUAUUGAAUGUUCUUUGCGUAUAUCGCACUUGACUUGGUGAAAUACAUUCUUUAGCACUUAAAGCAUUUUAGAGAGAUUUGAUACUUUUAUGCACUGUGCAUGCAAAUGAAAUGAAAACUUUCCUUCCCAAUGAGUCGCUCUUGCUGU